AUGUCUGAAGCAAUUGCCAAACUUUCUCCAGAAGCCCAAACAGCAUUUAACAGAUUAGAAAGCGUUGGUAAAGCUAGAAUGGGAACUUUUAUUAUAGGCCACAAUGGUGAACCAGAUACAAUUAAGUGCUCAAAGUUUUUUGGAAAAACCCCUUGCCUACCAGAAGAAGAAUUAUUCUUAUGCGAUGAAUGCGGAGAACAAAAACAUCUUCUAGUCCAGCUCUAUGUUCCAUCUUUACCUCCAAAUGUCCAAAGGCUUUUACCAACCGAGCUUUCUGAUGCUUUGUUAGUUUUCUAUUAUUGCUUAGAGUGCUUACCUUGUAUGGGUAAUCAUCUUGAUGUAAAAAUUUAUCAUCCCGAAGAUAUCGAAAAAUUAAAAUACUGCAAUAUCAAUAGAGAUGAGUUGGAAGAACCAGAGAUUUUUGAUAGCUAUACAACAGCUUUUACCUACGAUCAUGAAUCACUUUAUACAUAUUUUGAUAAUGAAAAAAUCGAUGAUCAAGAUUCAGAUUAUAUUGUACUUGAGCUAGACAAACUCCGGGAAGACAGUUCACACUCAAAUUGUUACUUUGGUGGAUGUGCACAUUUCAUUCAAGGUGAUGAAUGCCCAGGACCAAACUGGAAUUUGUUUUUGAACAUUGAGGAAGAUGAAUGGAACAAUUUCAUGUGGGGUGAUUGCGGAACUGCUCAGAUAUGGGUUAAUUCCGUUGAGCCUAAUUUUGUUUUGACAUGGUCUUGCUCAUAA